AUGAGUGAAGGUGUUACCAUAGAGAUUUGCCACAAACCUAAUAACUCGUCCGGCGAUGAAAGUAGAGAAGUUAAAUAUGAAUAUGGUGGAGAUGGAGAGAAAGUUGAAGUUACUGAAAUCAAAGAUCCUAAUGGAAUUAAGGGAUAUAAACAAUGCACUCAUAAACCUAAAGUGGGUGCUAAAAUUAAGGAAAUAAAGAAAGGGGAUAAAAUAUUAGGAGAACUGAAACAAUAUUUGAGUGGGCAGUCUAAAGUUGUAGUUUAUUUGCGCGAUGUGGACCAAGAUUAUGAAAAGCCCUUUCUCAUUCAACUUGGGUAUAUUUAUUACAAAUAUACAAAUAAUGCAAAGUGGGUAGUGGAUCCAGGGGCAGGUAGUAAUCUCCAAAAUGCACUGGAUAAACAAAACUGUAUUAUAAACAAACUUCAUGUUGCAAGUGUUUGUGACACUGAUGGAAAAAAUAAGUGUAAAGCUUGUGGCUCAGAGAAUAUUAUAACAAAAUGGGACGAAUCCAAAAGGAAUAAAUACAAAUAUGUAAGUUAUCAUCAUUUUAUAAAAGUUGAUAAUUUUGGAAGUAUUAGGAAUUCUGGGCAUCCAAUACAUUUUAUAAACGGAAAGGUUAACAGUAUUUACGUUUAUUGGUAUCUCUCCACUGGAGCUCCUACACCUUUAAUUUUCUACUAUGUGUCAGGAGGUUCUCAUAAGUGGUUUAGCAGAUACUAUGGAGAUACUAUCUGGAAUAAAGAAGAAAGAUUAACCAAGGUUCGUGAUGAAGAAGAAAAAACUCCUUCCACUAUUCAGAACCUUCUCCAGAAAUACUCUACUCCAAACCUCAGAAUCGAUGUUUCUCAACGAGCUAAUUCUCAAUAUAAACCCGCGGGAAGCACUAUCCAAUUUGUUGUUAAAAUGACCCAGGUUGGUUCUUCUAACUUCUACCAGUUCACAUAUACCAAGAAUGGUGCUGGGGGAGGGUCUUUCAUGGUUAAGGAAGUUAACCAUGAAGGAAAGAUCUUAAAAGGAAUAGAAUCUGAAACACCUCUAAAUUCCAUAGCGGCUUUCUAUGACGGACCCAAUCCUAAUGACAAAGAGAAACUUCUUCUGCUUGAAUUUGAGUUACAAGGUGGAAAAGGAUACAAAUACUUUCAGGAAUCAAUCGAUGGCGUAGAUAAAUGGGAUGGGUAUUCUAUAUCUGGCAAACCAAUGACUCGACUCACAGAUAUAGAGCUGAAGAGUAAACUGAAUUCGCUCAAAAAUGGAUACCUUUCUGAACAUCCUUCCAAUUCCUCUUCACAAUCAUCAGUCUCUUCUUUAUCCUCUGGACCCCCUGUUGGGGUCAUAGUAGGUGGAGUAAUUGGAGCCCUGGUAGCAGUCGUCGCUCUUGGGUUUGUUGUAUGGAAAGGAACAUCCAUGCUGAGAAAGUCUGUAUAG